AUGGCUGGCACCGGGAGCGCUCCUUACCCAGAUGGAAAAGUCCGACGAAGCAGGGCAAAGGCCAACAACAUGGGAACCUGCGCAAGCGUUACAGCAGGACAGGCACUCCCCCUAGCGGACAGACCCAAAGUGUACCAAGAGGGAGAGGCAACUGCCGUCUUCGUGCGACCUUCGCCAUCGCAAACCACGACGGCGAAGAAAAUAACCCUCGAACUUAAGGACGCGACCCCGCAAAAUUUGAGAAAAGUCUUCAAGUUAGACUUCUAUCCUGAAGUUCUGACCAACAAGGCUACCAACGUCACCAAAGUCCACCAAGGUCCCCCUAGCGAUUCAUUUCGGAACUUGGAGGCGAAUGCGGAAUACGAAGUGGAGGGACAAGAGGAAGAUGAAGAUUUGUACAGCAUGGAGACCACACAAAGACCCACGAUGAGUUCCGGGGAUGUCCAACGGGCCCUGCUAUGCUGCCAGGCGGUGUAUCUGUCCGAUAUCCCCGAGACUGACGCUGUUCGACACUUCUUCACCACCGAAGGGAAACUGCACGACUUUGUGCGAGUCAGCGUCAGUCGGUAUGGACCUGUUAGGUACCUCUUGGCUGAAACUCAAGACAAGGAGGAGGUUUUCGUAGCUUUCAAAGGUACGUCAGACUUCAAUGACGUCAUGUGCGACCUGAGUUUCUGGCAGGAGGGAGCGGGUCAAAGCGGGGACAGUCACAACACCGGGGUUGGCGGGAAAUACCACACGGGCUUCAUGCACCUGGCCUUCCUCUUUCCCGCCAACCGCAUCCUGGAGGAAUACAGCAACAGCCGUAUUGUCGUCUGCGGCCACAGCCUAGGGGGCGCUGUUGCACACAUCGUGGCCUUGAACAUGAUGGUGCACCUGCGCUCUCAGGGCCAACCAGUCGACAACGUCAAGUCCAUCGCGUUCGGCGCUCCGUACUUCGGAAACGACGGUGCCCAACAGUUUGCCGAGAAACACAACCUCUCUCCUCGCCUGUUGACGAUCGUGAACGAAAAAGACCCCGUGCCUUACAUACUCCGCCUAGCGGAAACUGUUCAAUGUACAGGACUGACGCUUCUACAGAAAGUUAGAGAUUUCUCAUCCAAAGCUAGACCCAUCGCGUUGAGUAUGUUGGGUAUUCUCUCCACGUCUGGUGUACUGGGACCGUGUGCACUUAUUGCAGGAGCCACAGUGCUAAGUCAAAUGCCAGCUAAGCUAGAUGAAUACGGAAAGCUACUGCAGAGAUGGGGCGUUUCCGCCAGGGACCUGGAUUCCCUGUACGUGCCGCUAGGGUGGUAUCUGUACAUCAGCUGCAGUACGACGAAGGCCGGUGGGGGCGCUGUUUGGCGACGCAGCCUCUUGACCCAUCCAGCGGCCAUUCAGUACGCCGCACCUGACAUUGCAGCCUGGAAAGAGGAGGAUUUCCAGUGCCACCGGGUAUCUAACUACCGCACGACUUUCUUCGAAAUCGCGAGAAAGACGACAUACCGAGAUGAUGAUGUAAACACCCGAUCCGCUGACGUCACCAUAACGGACGCCAUCUUCCCCAUAAGCAUCGGAAGCGUCUGCUUAUACACGAUAGAGGGCGCUGAAGAUGACACCAGGAAGACGACGAAGCGAGCAUGUCAAGUCGUCAUCGAUGGUGACAACUUGGAUUUUCUAGCAAGAGACAAACCCAUUUCUGGACUUCCUGUAUUGGAGGGAACGUUUGCGGUGCUUUUCAUGUCUCGCCGCAAGGUGGCGUUGCAAUGCGAGCUCCAAACUGGCAGUGUCCCAGGAGAAACGACGAUCCUGGUCAGGACACACUUUCAAGAAGUGACGGUGCCCAAAGAGUCAGUUAACAUGAAGAGGGUAGCUGAAUUGCCAUUCAAGGCCAAAGAUGCCCUAGCGGUUGAGAUGCGAGCUGCAGGCCAGUCCAUGUUGAGCCAAGUUGUGACCACGGAUUCAGAUACAGCCUCAUCACUGGUGGGCGGGGCCACCAAACUCUUGGGCUUGACAUGA